AGGUGAAAACCAAGAGAGGAAACCGUUUUUUCCCUCCUAGUACCACUCUCAGGCCAUUCCGAAGUCAUGGCUGACCACAACAAGGUAUUACCGCGUCCUCUUUUCCGCCGAGAUGUAAACUGGGAUCCUUUCCGUGAGUGGACACAGCCUAGCCGCAUGAUCAUGGAGCAGGACUUUGGCCUCCCUCCUUUCCUGGAUCCAGGCGAUGUGAGCUGGAUAGACUGGGCUAGGAGGAGACUGGCAUCAUCAUCCUGGCCAGGGUACACACGCCAUCCCCUCUUCACCCCCGGCACUGCUCCCCCUGCCGCAGUGGCACCCCAGACCUCAGCCAGACUUCAGAGACAACUGUCUGGAGGAGUGUCAGAGAUCAGGACAGGACAGGACAGCUGGAGGAUCACACUGGAUGUCAAUCACUUCUCACCAGAGGAGAUAUCAAUCAAAACCAAGGGGGGCUUCCUGGAGAUUACAGGUCAACAUGAAGAAAGGGAGGAUGAACAUGGAUCAGUCUCAAGGUGCUUUACAAGAAAGUACAAGCUGCCCCCUGGUGUGGACUUGCAGCACGUCAGCUCAUCUCUGUCUGGGGAAGGGGUUCUCUUGGUAGAAGCACCCCUCCCAGGCUCAACCAGCACCAUCCUCCCCAGUGACAUGGUCAUCCCCAUUCAGAUCAAGCACGAGUGUGAGGGGAAAGAGUGAUUCCAGUGAUUCAUUACAAUUAGACGUAAAGCUUGGGGUAGAGCUUUAAAGCUGAUGUCGGCGUUGACACCUUUUGACAACAAUUUUUUGAAUUAAGCCUUGGUCAUUUAAGAUGUCAAACAUAGUGGCUUCUAUUGCUAUUGAAACACCAUCACUUUAUUUACUCUCACUGUAACUACAUGUGUGGCAUGUUUUUCUAUCAUUUCCCGCAAAGACUAGCAAAACCAAGAUAAACUGAAAAAUCAAGACUGUUGAAGUGUACUUUCUCAUUUGUAAACUGAUAGAUUAUCUGGGAGUCAACAUGACUAUGCCUAAUAAUGCUGGAUUAGUUCUGCAGAGCAUAUGUUUCAACGUGAUCUAUUUCUAUGAAUUGAAUCUCCUUUGAACCAAAGCAAUAAACAAUCCAUGGCAAAAUGACACAUAUUGAGGAGGGCUGGGGGCUCUUAUGUAUGCGGUGUCUGUCUUUGUAUUAGAACUGCUGCCUGUGAUACUUACUCUAAACUAGACCUGGAAGUAGUAGAACGUUUUAAAUGAGUCAAACCAAAAGAACUACUGUGUAAAUACAGUAUAAAGUGAAGU